AUGUCUUCACGCGAUCUAGGGGUGAUACUAUUCCUGAUCCCGCUCUUGGGUCAGGCGUUAGCCUUUGUUUUGGAAGGUUCCGCCACCAGCUAUGCGCAGUUUCGAAAGUGGAACACCGCCUUAAAUGGAACCCUGGAGUUUGAAUUCAAGACUGAACAGGGCAAUGGACUCCUGCUCUAUACAGAUGAUGGAGGUACCUAUGACUUCUUUGAGGUAAAGCUAGUUGAAAGCGCCCUGAGGCUGAGGUAUAAUUUGGGAGGCGGUGCUCAGAUCGUGACAGUAGGUAGGGACUUAGGGGAUAGUCACUGGCACAAGGUGCAGAUCAACAGGAACAAUGAAAAUACGACUCUUAAUGUUGAUGGAGUUGCUGCAACUUCCACAUCCAGGGGCAAGGAGUUCGAGUUUGGAAAACUUAGUGGAAAUUCAGAUGUGUACAUCGGAGGAAUGCCGAGUUGGUACAACAGCAAGCUCACGCUUUUGGCAUUACCGAGUGUUAUUUUUGAACCUCGGUUCAAGGGAAUUAUCAGGAACCUGGUGUACGCUGACGGGAACAACUUCAUACCCAGGAGGCAGGAGAUGAAGAGCCGAGAUGCUAAGUGUGGAGGAUUUCCUUGCGUCGAGAGUAUGAACCAACGCAAAGCACCUAGGGUUAAGAACGAAAUGCGAUCUGACCGAGUCAAACCCAACCCGGAUUCGGAUUCAGCGACCCCAAGAACGUAUAGAAAUGUUAAUCUCGACUGGUGA